CGCCUGCCAUAUAAGGCGGAAAAUCUUUAUAUUCGCGCGAUGCGACGAUUCAAACAGCAUUACCCUUCUCCAGGUGGACAACGUCGGUUUAAGUUUAAUUUACGGAUCCUGCCAAGUGGGAUUUAUUUCGGUUCGAAGGAUUUCUUUUCUGCUUGUGUACACUCCCAGUCGGCCAGAUGCCCUCAAUAAGCCGGGAGGAGCAGAGCGGAGUACAGUACUCCUACACGGAAGUCAGUACGUUCCAGAUAAGCGAAGGAAACACUCGAAACAUGUCACCCGAACCGGUCAAGUCCGGUCGCAUUUUUAUGGCUGCCGUGGCAGCCAACUUGUCCGCCUUUGUGGUGGGAACCACCCUAGGAUGGACCUCCCCCAUCGGCCCAAAGCUCAAGUCAGAGGACACUUCAGACUCCCCGUUGAGCCGGCCCAUUACUUCCGAUGAAGAUGCCUGGAUUUCGUCCCUGAUUGCCGUCGGAGCUCUGGUGGCUCCAUUUGUGGCCGGUCCGAUGGCCGACCGCAUUGGCAGGAAGUGGGUGCUCCUCUCCAGUAGUCUGUUCUUCGUCCUGGCAUUUGGCUUGAAUAUGGUGGCCUCCGAGGUGUGGAUCCUGUACAUGUCCCGCCUCAUCCAAGGAUUCGGCGUCGGCUUCGUGAUGACCGUGCAGCCUAUGUAUGUGGGUGAGAUUUCCACGGACAAUGUACGCGGAGCCACCGGAUCCCUGAUGCAGCUCUUCAUUGUGGGUGGUAUUCUGUACGUCUAUGCCAUUGGACCGUAUGUUUCAUACCAGGCUCUGCAGUGGUGCUGCAUUGUGGUGCCCGUGUUGUUCGACUUGGUCUUCUACACGAUGCCCGAGAGUCCGUAUUUCUUCGCCGGAAAAGGUCGAAAGUCGGAGGCACUGAAGUCGCUGCAGUUCCUCCGGGGCCAGAGUCCCGAGGGCGUGCAUGACGAGAUGGCCGAAAUCCAGGCCAAUGUGGAGGAGGCGAUGGCCAGCAAGGGUACAGUGAUGGAUCUGUUCAAGAACGCGGGCAACCGCAGGGCCUUGUUUAUCUGCGCUGGCCUGAUCUCAUUCCAGCAACUGUCCGGCAUCAACGUGGUGCUCUUCAACAGCCAGUCGAUAUUUACCAGUGCCAACACUGGGCUGGAUCCGGCGAUUGCCACCAUCAUAAUUGGAUGUGUCCAGGUGGGAUCCUCGGCUUUGACGCCUCUGGUGGCCGAUCGCCUGGGCAGGAAGGUGAUGCUGCUGACGUCUUCCAGUGUGAUGUCCAUUGGACUGGCGGCCCUGGGAGCAUUCUUCUACAUGCAGUUGGUCAAGAAAGACAUCUCCAGCGUGGUCUGGAUGCCAGUUCCUGCCCUGAUCAUCUACAAUAUCGUGUACUGCACGGGCUUCGGACCGCUGCCGUGGGCUGUGCUCGGCGAGAUGUUCCCGGCGAACAUCAAGUCGGUGGCGUCCUCGGUGGUGGCAAGCACCUGUUGGACCCUCGGCUUCCUGGUCACCUUCUUCUAUCCCAGCCUAGAUGCUCUGGGCUCCUACUACGCCUUUUGGCUCUUUGCCGGCUGCAUGGUGGUGGCCUUCUUCUUUGUUCUCCUCGUUGUGAUGGAGACGAAGGGGCUCAGUCUGCAGGAGAUCCAAGAUCGGCUCAAUGGUAAGCGCAACUAGAAAGCAGGUGUUGCCCUUGAUUCCAUAAUGAUAAGGGCCCCUUUGCAAGUAUUUUACUGGUUAGUGCUGUAAGUCAAACUCAAUUGUUACAUGAUAUUCCUGUUAAGUCGUAAAGAAAAAAAUCUAGUAAUUACAAUUAUUAUAAACAAA